AUGCCCGCUCGAAAGGUGACAGAAGCAGCGACCAAGCGAAAAUCCCCAGGCGGCCACCCUCCUUCCCCUCGAUCAAAGGCGAAGAAAAGGCUUAUUCAAGGCGAUAGCAACCACGCAGCUGCGGCCCCCGAUUGUGCAUCCAGCAAACCUGCUGUGUCUCGAGCGCACAAGUUCAUCGUAGGCCUGGCCGUGCAGCUGACCUCUACAUGCGAUGAUGAAGAGGUCGACGUAGAUGUCCAAGUGGAAGGUUUAUUCCGAGCCGCCUUGGGCGCCUUGCCCGCAGGCAAGCUGAAGGCCGAACUGGUGCAAGAUGAAGCUGCUACCAUGAAAACGCUGGCGGCGGAGGUUGCAUCGAUCAGAUCCAAGCAGCAGCAGUCGCAGAACGGGGGUGAGGUUGCUACGGGAAAAGACGCCGGCGUCGCUGCUGCUUGCGCGUUGGUGCCGUGCACCGCCCAGCUGUACCGACAGGCGCGCGCCAUCGCCGAGAAACAGAGCAGGGGAAUCGAUGGCGCUGCAACCGACAACAAGCCGCUCAGAGCUCUCGCCUUGAGCCCGAGGGCACCCCUCGACCUACUUGCAAACGCCAUGGGGUCCACUAGCAAGCUCGAUGGUGCUGCUGCCCCCGUAUCGACAACCCUGGAUGCCGCCGUCAUUAGCCUGAGAGACCUCGUCGGUGCCCUCGCUGCCGACCCGCUCGCCGCCAUGUCUCCGUCCGGGCUGGCGUUUUUCGCAGACCGCGCGGCGGUGCUUGCCUCUUCGGCGGCGAGAUCUCUUGUCGCCGGGCGUGGUGACACCCGGGGGGGGGAUUCAGUCACGGGCGACAAAGCGGCGUUGGAAGUAGAGGCGCUGGGGCUCAUGCUGAGAAUUUUGCAGGUCGCCGGGCUGGCUCUUUCGGCCGCCGCCGGUGGUAACACGGCGUCUGGCCUGCUGAGAGCGACGGAUGACGCCGGCAGUGGCGGUUGUCGACCGGCGGACCCUGCAAGCUGGCUUCUGUUGCCGUGUGCGCCGGAAACGCCUUCGGCGUGGAACGGCGAGGUAUCAGCGACAUCUUUGGACAGCAGUCUAGGAACUCUGCCCCGGAACGAGGUCGAUUCCACGCCACCGGCGCGGAUUUCCGUCGCCCGUUUGCUCGCGCACUACGCUGCGUCCGUGGCAGCAUGUUCCGUCGGCCGCAAGGCGGUUGUCAAGGCCGCACAAGCAGCGGCUACGGCCGGGGGCCGGGAAGUCUCAGACGACGAGAGCAGCAGCGACAGCGAUGAGGAGGAGGAAACCGGUGACGGUCCCGACAGCAACAAGAGCAACAACAUCGCCCUGUCGAGGCACCUGUCCGCCCUGUGCGCCGCCAAUCUCGCCGGCAGCGAGCCCGGUACCCUCGAGUUCUUGCGCUGCGUCGGGGACGCUGUUUUCGCCACCGACGACGUCGGCAAUGUCUCCCUUGCCGCCCCGCUGGCCCCGGCGUGCGGCCGGGCUCUCGCGAGGCUGCGCCGCCCGGCGGCGACGCCUGCCCCCACCGCGGCCCAGUUCUUGAGGCGUGCGUACGCCUUCCGGGUGACGGAAACCCUGAAUCGGUCAGCGCGAGCGGCGUCGUUGUCGUCGUCGAAGCCGCCUAGCAGGAAGGAGGCUAUCGCUCCUACAGCCAUCGCAGGCCGUGGUAGCAGCGGCUGCGCAAGGAGCGGCAGCGGUGGUGGUGCCGCCGCCGCCGCCGCCGCCGCGUGGGAUUUCGUCGGGGACAGCAGCGCGCCCCCGGCCCUGCUCGAGUUCUUGGGGCGGCCGGAGGCGCCCGCGGCCGUCGGUCAGGGGGACGCGGCCCAACCCGCCCUCAAGGAGCUCGCCUCGCGGAGGAAUAGCCCUGCCGCCGUUGCCGAGCUGCUGCGGUCGUCGCCGGCCUGCGCGCCGGCCGCUCUCGGCCCGCUUCUGUCCGCCAUGGAGCGGCUACAGGGGGUGGGAGAGGGAGGGGGUAACACGGCGGCGGCGGCGGCGGCGGUGGGAGUCGGGGGGUUCUUUGUGGACACCGGCGGGGCGGCGGGAGGGGCUAGGUCGGUGGUUCUUGCGCGGCUCGGGAACGGUGCUGGUAUUGUGGCGGACAUGGACGAGGAAGAGGUGGCGAGCGUUGCGUCAAGCGCGGUGUCCGACAGCGAUGGCAAUGAAUGA